AUCCCGGGAGGCGGCGGGCGGCGGGCGGCGGCGGGCGGCAUGAGCGCGUGCGGGCGGCUCCUGCGCUCGGCAGCGCGAUCCUGUCGGGCUCUGGCGGCUUUCACCUCGAGCCGGCGCCCGCUGCGCACCAGCCCCUCGGGCAGGGCUUUCGCCAAGGAGCUCUUCCUCGGCAGGAUCGAGAAGGAAGCAGUUUUUCCGUUUCCAGAAGUUAGCCAAGAUGAAUUUGAUGAAAUCAGUCAAUUCGUGGGACCCGUAGAAAAGUUCUUCAGUGAAGAAGGCCAGAGAAGUACUGUUAGUGCCAGGGAUUCAGCUUGGGAUCUCAGAGCCUCAGUGGAUUCUCGGAGAAUCGACCUGGAGGGGAAAAUCCCAAAUGAAACUUUAGAGAAACUGAAGAGCCUGGGGCUGUUUGGGAUGCAAGUCCCAGAAGAAUAUGGCGGCCUGGGCCUCUCCAACACCAUGUAUGCCCGGAUGGGAGAGAUCAUCGGUCUGGACGCCUCCAUCGCCGUGACCUUGGCAGCGCACCAGGCCAUCGGCCUCAAGGGCAUCAUCCUAGUGGGCAGCGAGGAGCAGAAGGCCAAGUACCUGCCCAGGCUGGCAUCCGGGGAGCACGUGGCUGCCUUCUGCCUGACGGAGCCUGCCAGUGGGAGUGAUGCUGCCUCUAUCCAGACCAGGGCCACACUCAGUGACGACAAGAAGCACUUCAUCCUCAACGGCUCCAAGGUCUGGAUCACCAAUGGAGGACUGGCCAAUAUCUUCACAGUGUUUGCAAAGACCAAGGUCGAUGAGGCCGAUGGCUCUUCCAAAGACAAAAUCACAGCUUUCAUCGUAGAGAGAGACUUUGGUGGGGUCACUAAUGGGAAGCCUGAGGAUAAGUUAGGCAUCCGCGGCUCCAACACCUGCGAGGUGCACUUCGACAACACCCAGGUGCCCGUGGAAAACGUCCUUGGCGAAGUCGGAGGCGGGUUCAAGGUGGCCGUGAACAUCCUCAACAGUGGGCGCUUCAGCAUGGGCAGCACCGUGGCUGGGAUGCUGAAGAAAAUCAUCGAAAUGACUGCGGAGUAUGCCUGCACGAGGAAGCAGUUCAACAAACCCCUCAGUGAAUUUGGGCUGAUCCAGGAGAAGUUUGCCCUGAUGGCACAGAAGGCUUACGUGAUGGAGAGCAUGGCCUACCUGACGGCAGGCAUGCUGGACCAACCGGGCUUCCCCGACUGCUCCAUGGAGGCUGCCGUGGUGAAGGUGUUCAGCUCCGAGGCUGCCUGGCAGUGUGUGAGUGAGGCGCUGCAGAUCCUGGGCGGCUCUGGCUACAUGCGGGACUACCCCUACGAGCGCAUGCUGCGCGACUCCCGCAUCCUGCUUAUCUUCGAGGGGACCAACGAGAUUCUCCGCAUGUACGUUGCACUGACGGGUCUACAGCAUGCUGGCCGCCUGCUGACGGCUAGGGUCAAGGAGCUGAAACACGGCAAUGUGGCCACCAUCAUGGAGACCAUCAGCCGGAGGCUGUGGGACACCCUGGGUCGGAAUGUGGACAUGGGGCUGACUGGGAAGCUGGGGGCUGUGCACCCCAGUAUGGCGGACAGUGCGGUCAAGCUGGAGGAAAACGUGUAUUACUUUGGCCGCACUGUGGAGACAUUGCUGAUCCGCUUUGGCAAGACCAUCGUGGAAGAGCAGAUGGUCCUGAAGCGGGUGGCCAACAUCCUCAUCAACCUGUACGCCAUGACAGCCGUGCUGUCGCGGGCCAGCCGCUCCAUUCGCAGCGGGCUGUGCAACCACGACCACGAGGUUCUGUUGGCUAACACCUUCUGCACAGAAGCUUACUACCAGAAUCUCCUUGCCCUGUCUCAGCUGGACAAGUAUUCUCCGGAAAAUGUUGAUGAACAGAUCAAGAAACUGUCCCGGCAGAUCCUGGAGAAGCGAGCCUACAUCUGUGCCCACCCCCUGGACAGGACGUCCUGAGCUGGGGGACAGUCUCUCUCCCCCAUUCCUGUGACUGCAGCUCUCUUUCCGGAAGGUGGCACGUGUGGGAUUGCUGAUGUAUGAACCAUCUUUUCUGGCCAGCCCAUACCUGAGUGGCUUUCUCUUGGUUGGAAUGAGUGUCUUCUUGGCUUUGACUGGUAGAUAGUACAGCCUCGCGAGGCCCCGGGCCCUGCAGAGAAAGGAAGGACUUGCUGGGGACUCUGCUAGAUGAGCAGAUGGCACUGCGGAAACGACGCUGCUGCCAGAACACAUGUUCUCCCGAAGCAACAUGUACGGGAUGCACUUCACCGUGUACCGAGCCAGCUGCCAGUAUAAAGUGUCCGUCUGCUCCCUCUCA